AUGGCGACUGUGUUGAAGAUACCAAGCCUCCGCGUCCUCCUCGCCCUGCUGACACUAAACACCGCCGUGUUUGUGGGAUACUGGAUAUUUCGUCUCCGAUGGAUCUCUCAAGAUCAGUUCGAGUACUUUGACGAAACGAAAAGGAAAGACUACUUUCAUCCUGUUGGUGUCAGCCAUAUUGUGCACAACCGAAGCAUUCAAGUAUUGCACACGGACUAUCUUCCGAGGCUCCGUCACGAAGAUUUAUUCACGGAAUUUGACGAUGUUGUGCUGAGUGGUUUAUACGAAGAGGACGAGUAUAUUCACGAUUUGCGAAUGGACAAACAUCAAGCUGUUGAUAUCAACGGUAUAGCUAAUGGAUCCUUUUCCACGGCGGCGGUGAAACCCAUGACGUAUUAUUACGUCAAUGACGUACUGUACGUAUCAAUUGCCCUGCACAACGGAUAUUAUAAGAGGAUAUUACGAGGCGGAGACGACGUCCGAAUAUGGAUAAAGGAACCAGAUAGAGGCGCAUGCGCAAGUGGAUAUGUCUUUGACCAUCAUAACGGAAGCUACACUGGUGUGGUGCGGUUGCUAUGGCGAGGACGGGUUGACGUUGUCGUUGCCAUUGCGUCAUCUCGGGAAGCGAUCAGACUGCUGUACACCAUUCACCGGGAAGGGUACCUUGUCAGACAAAUGUUUGCCAUAUUCCAAAGACGGCACACCUAUGAGAUGACGCUCUGUGCGUACACGCCUCAUCUUCCAGGCUACGAUAAUGUGUGCAACUUAACCGCCAUGAACCACGGGUUACCAUGGUAUUGCGGCCACCCGGACUUCCUGACAUGCGCAGAAUGGACGCGAACUGGAGCUUCACAGCCGCCAUGGCCCCUGUACACCGAUGAUAGAAAGUUAUUUGAUUUGAACAACGUGCACCAAAACUUCAGACGUCCCAUCCAGGUGAAGGUCAUAGAGGACCCCAGACCAAACGGUAAACGUUUGGUCAGUUGCAAUGAACUUCCCCCGUCAGCGACGUGGAGCCAAGCCACUCCAGUGGGCUAUUUCCUCAACUGGCGAUGGCACUCCACAGUCUGCACUAAUAUUCUCGCAAAUACUGUUGAGAGCUGGAAUACGUGCCUCAGCAACAGAAGGCUGUGGAUGCACGGAGACUCCACACUGCGCCAGUGGUUCACGUACCUUCAAAAACGACUAACACUACGUCUGACGUCAGAAGUUUGGCACUACGAUCAAUGGCCCUACCCGUCGACCCUCUACAGCCAACGGUAUAACUACGCCGUGUUCUGGUCAACUCAUGAGCUUCCCUUUACAAACACUGAAGAGUUCGUCCUUCGACAUGCACACAAAGCAGCGCAUGUAUACAUUGACGAGCUUCCGGCCAACAACCGUGACAUCGUUAUCCUUCACCUUUACCUCCAUUUCACGGCGUACCCGCCGACGUUGCUACAAACCCACAUUCAACGCAUUGUCCAAUCAGUGAAGGCGCUUCUAGCACGUGCACCAGAAGCUAAAGUGUUUGUCAAAGGCCCUCAUGCAUUCAACGACAACAAGAACAACCGAGGUGUUAUUGACGAUUAUUGGGGUAAAAUUUAUACUCAGAUUUACAAGAAAGAGUUCAAGGACGUACAAGAUCAGGUAUAUUUCUUGGAUUUCUGGGACAUGACCGUCGCUGCUGAAAAUGACGAUGUUCAUCCGAAUGUGACAGUUUAUGACGCGAUGAUACACAGCCUGCUUGGAUACAUAUGUCACUGAAUGCAGCAGUGUUUUAAUGGAAUAUGAUCGUUUGAAGUGGAGU